AUGCAAUUUUACCUUUUUAAUAGUACUUAUGCACAGAUCAAAUUAAGGACAACUGGGAAUAUUUUCAUUGUAUAUUUCUUCCCCUUUAGUGAUCAAGCGUUUCACUCUGGUUGUAAAGUUUUUGGAGGAUCACUGGCAGUGAUAGCUGAAGCAGUCAAUAUCAGAGUUUUCAGUACAGUUGUCUUUAUUGCAUGUAAACCAUAUAUAUUUAUAAAUGAUAAAAGAAGACAUGUUUGA